CGUUGGUCACAAGGAAAAGAGCCGUGGUAUUAUAGUUGUCGACAGUAAAAGUGGCAUUUUACUUAUUCAUAUACACAUACACAGUGUAUGUCUCCAUAUCAGAGAAAAUGAGGCCGAAAUUCCUUGUUAUGACCAGUGCUGGGUUGUGCUUAACGGUUUUAUUAGCAUGGACAUUAGGACACCAUAUUACCUAUGAGGGUUUUUAUCUUUUUCAUCCUAAGGAGAAAGAGAAACCAAACUUAGAACCAAUGAUCAUGCUUACUCGAACGCCUACCACACAACAUCUUGCAACUGCGUCACUUGUGCAGCCACGUGGACCUGUUCCACUAGAUACAAUAAGACAACAGAGGCGUGACAACCUGUUAAAGGCGUGUAAGGACGAUAGUGUGAGAUACCACGGGACAUACCAGGUACCAUACACGGUAUUGGAGCGCAUGCAAGUGUCACCGAAACAUCGCCUUAUCUAUUGUGGGUUAGAGAAAGCUGCAUCGUCAUUCAUGAAAAGAAUAUUCAUGAUCUUAAACGGAGCGGAGAAAAAGUCGCCCUAUGAGUUGCCAUUGGCUAAAUCUGGUCUAGGCGUUCCCAUCUUGUCCGAAUACCCGCAAGCUGAAGUGCCCGAUAUGCUUCUAAAUUCUACCAUGGUUAUAAUCACCAGAGAUCCUUAUACCCGACUUUUGUCGGCGUACACUGAUAAACUCUACUCUCCAAAUGCCAUAUACGCUGAUAAAAUCGGCAAAUAUGCUGUGAAAUUGUCAAGGGAAAAUGCAACUGAACAAAGCCUGCGAUGUGGUUUCGAUCUCACAUUUAAAGAAUUUGUGAAAUAUUUCAUUCAAUCAGAAAAAGAUGGCUUACAUCGGGACAAUCAUUUCGCUCCUGCUAACCAAAUGUGUUUACCUUGCACCUACAAUUAUAAUUUCAUAGCAAGAACGGAAACAUUAUUAAAUGACACAGUGUAUCUCCUUAAUCAUCUGGGAGAACAGCAAUUGGCGGAGAGCAUACAGGUAAAUUUUACCAGCAAGAAUCGUCGGGAUAAAAUCAAAGACCAACCAAACCUGUUAUUCAUGUUUAGAGAUAAAUAUAAAGGUUGUUUAUCCUUUUUUGAUGCCCAACGAAAAAUCUGGAAGAAAAUGCAAACUUCAGGUGUGAUUGACAAAAAAUCCAAAUAUCCUAUAUCGCGAGAUGAAAGUGAAAACAUCACGCGGACUUCAUUUGAAAAACUAUUACUCGCAGCAGUCGGUAAUGUUGUUGACGCCACCUACGCAAGGAAACAGAGAGAAGAGGCUGCCAUUGAGGCAUACUCUAGUCUUGACGGAGAGGACCUAGAAGAACUUAGCAAAAUAUUUGCACCAGACUGUAAGAUUUUCAAGUUCAGAUGUAGACCCCAAAGGUUUUUUGAAACAGAUCCAAAUAUCAAACCGUGGUAUUUCGAACUUGCGACAGCCUGAUUUGUUUGUUUUUUUGUUGUUUUUUUUCAUAUUUGGAGAUUAUGAAAUUGAAUGCUUUUUCUAGUUCUCCCAUGAACUGAACAAGAACUUGGCAAUAGGACAUAUUGAUGGCUCUUUCGUACUAUUUGACGCACGAUUGUCAUAAAAAAAACCAAUGUAUAUAACAACAAUAAGCGCAAUCAUAUUUUAGCGGAAUGCUCCCAGCGCGAAAAAAACCCACUAAAAUUAGAUAACCGCUAAAAUAUGUAAGUUUACAGUAUUUUAUUCGCAUUUUUACUUAGAUCAGAAUUUACGAUUUAUCUGUUCUGCAGCUUAUCGAAAACGAAAAUACUUUGUUUAAAGAUUUGAUUUAUGCGACUCAUUUGUGUCAUUGAUGCAGACUCAGUAGUAAUGUCUUUCGCCAGAAGGUUAAACGUCAAAGAUCCGAAUUAUCGGCUUGAUGGUUUUACCACAUUUGACAUCUGUAACCUUAAUAUUGUGUCAGUGUCAUUCAAUAAUCUAGGCGGGGUGACAGUGGAACAUCAUCAACAAUGUUUUCUCUAUUCCCUUCAACUAUGAUAAAAACUUAAACGUUACGUCAUAGAUACAAUGUAGUAACCUAGUACAAUACAUGACACUUGGUGUAGAUUUCUGUCAUAGCUCUUUCUCCCAACAUGCAAACGUUCGAAUGGCAAAAACCAAGCAUUUCACCUUGAAUAUGGGUCAAGGUCGUUUCUUUUCACAAAAUGUAAUUAUUGAUUGAAGAAAUGUCGUUUCAUUUCGUAAAGGUUUCAUCCAAGAAAGCUACAUGCCAUAGAUAAUUCCAUAUAUUUCCGUUCAUCUAAAUGUCUCGCUUUUAUGUUUUAACAAAGUUGUUCCUUGUGACUUUGAAUAUUAAUCUUUCUUUUCGUAAAAUCUUAUUGGGCGUUGAGGCCAUAUGAACUAAAUGUGAAUGUUAUCAUGAAUUUCUUUUUGUUUUAAAUAAAAUUUUAUCAAUGUAGUUGUAUAUAUUUGAUUUUUUUGGAAAAUAGAGAAAAUUAAGAAAAUUUGCAAUAUCCUUAUGCUCAAGUGAAUGUCAUGUUGAUCGAGAGAGAGAUGAAGUCUUAUUUGUAUGUUCAUCAUUUUUAUCAUGUGACAUUUUAUAAUGCUGAAAUAAAACACUGUAGAAGUAACACAUAUCACUGUGAAUUUUCAGCAAAAUGCUAUUUAUUGAAGCAGACCUUGACCUUUGAGCUUUGAUGUCAAUAUCUGUGAACUCGUGCCAGAUCUAUCAAAUACAAACACCUGUUCAGUUUUAGAAUAUGUAAGAAAAUAUUACAGCUUAAGUGAAGAGAUAGAGAGGGAAAUUGAACAUAUGUUAUUGGAAAUUGGUCUUGACGCUAUACACCAACUAAAGCGGGGCGGCAAAACUCUAUUUUUAGAUACAAUGAUCUUGACCAACGGCUGGUCACGCCAGUGUUCAAACUUGUUAAAAGUAAAUUAUACACUUUUGAUUCGUCGUUCAAAUAGUAAAUACGAUCGCUAAAGUAAUGAAAAAUGAAUAUAACAGAAGCAAUGGGGAUUUGGUCAAUUUUGCAAGUAUAUAACACUUGUCUUUUACAGAAGACAAUGUCUCUACUGUCUGUUUUAGCAUCAGGACAGAUAUAAUGACUAAAGACAUAGGAAUUCACGUGAGAAAUAUAUUUCCAAUUUCAGCGAAACACUUUCAAGUUGAAUAAAUGAAUUUAAAAAUUAC